UUCUGGACCGUUUCUGCACAGACUGGUUUGGUUUUGACACAUGCACACGCCAUGCACACUUACACUAGCUACAGAUACAGAUUCUUUAUGUUACUGAUUUAAAAAUUUGAUUUUUGUAAUGUUUUGGCAGCUUCUGCUCCAUUUGUUCUUUUUGUCAUGAUCCUUGAGCGAGGUCGUGACCACAACAAACACUUAAAAACACUCCGUAAAAGAUGGUGAGUUCUUGUCGAAUUUGGGCUUUAUGUUACUGAUUGUUUGGCUAAAACAACUUUCAUUAGGAAUUGAUGAAGACGUUCUGUAAUUCAGUUGUCAGUUUAUGAAGGAAAGAGUCCCUCCUCUCUUGUCUUGACUUGCCCUUACUGGACUGAACGUGUUGUUUUUCACUGUAAAUUUUCCAUACAUUUUUCUGUAGGCUAAUAUCAAUGUUGUGGGGUGAAAUAAAGUGAUAUAGCCACAUCUCUAACCUGAAUACAAAAACCAUUUUGUUUCUGUUACUGUACAAAACUUCAAUAUUCGCAAAGGAGCAAAAUGAAACCAUCUUGCACCUCCAUGCGCCAUACUGUAGCACAGAACAAACUAUUGUAAGUGAGAGCCGGGGGGCAGACUCAUACAGAGGCGAUCAAAGCACUCACCACUGAAAAGAGCACUAUAGCCAAAAAGGGGGGAUGCUGUCUGAGCUGCCAAAUGACCAUCUGGGGACCAACCACGAGACAUACAACCAGGUCUGAUCAGCCUGUGUAGAGUCUACCUCGAAUAAAGGUGUCUAGAAUUUAACAUCGGAAACAUUAAGAGAUGCUGACAUACAAGACUGGGUGUGUUGUGAUACAACAUGCAAAAUAAUCAUCUCAAAGAUGAAUCAAAUGGAAUCAUGGUGUUGGUCUCUAACACUCCCUGGCUCUCUAAGGUGUUUUGGGCUUUUGCGUAGGCAUACUGUCUGUUCCAAGAGCAAUACCAUGCAAGUAAAUUGCAGGGCAGAAACCUAUGAGAAUAUAAGUGCUGGUCUUUUGAAUGAAUCCAUAAAUCUUUCUUUUCAUUGGUAGGAAAGCUAAGAGAAACAAAACCCUGCAGAAACUGAGGACUAAGAUUGAUGUCUGUUCAGUCCUGAAAGGUUUCUGUUACAUCCCUCAACCCUUUAAGGGAGUGGUAUCUAACCAAAAUAAGCCCCUCUAUGUAUGUUUCUCCUCUUUUUUUUUUAGUGCACUAAAGUUUUUCUUCACCUUUUUAGGAUUUUAGGAUAAAGUGCAUAUAAACACAAAGGCAAUAAUAAGGAAAUAUCGUUACAGUGUUGGAUGUAGACUGCGUUUUUGUGGGUGUGUAUGUGAAAUGGGUCUGUAAUCUAUCUUUCACCAUGUACCUCCCAUUUAGUUAACAUUGUACAGGCUUUAGACACACCUCAGCCAGCACACAUGUCCCUGUGUGUGCAUGUGUGUCUGUGUGUAUGUGCCUGUUUGCGUGUGAGUGAAGUAACAGAAGGAGGAGACACCAGGAACCUCCUUCUCCCCCUCCCUUUACUAUUCCUACACACACCCUUACUCUCUCUCUCUCUCAUUCACUCUCUCUUCAGCAUUGGACAGACCCUUUGCUGCAGCGUGUCUGUUUUUACUGCUACACCGUUCACUUGUCCAUGUGUGUUUUUUGAAAAGCUGUUUGUCUCUCUGAGUUUCUUAUUUGUGCAGCACACUGAUUCAGGAUGAGCUCCCAAGACUUUGCCUCCCAUGCACAGUCCAGGCUCCAGUUGGCAAAGGACACAAAGGACGAGGAUAAGUUGUACAGAUAUAAGGGGAUUUUGUACCCAAGCCUCAUGUGUCCUGAGGCUCAUCUUAAAGCUCUGGAGAACAUGGAGGCCAGAGAAGAAGACCUCAUGCUGGUGGCGUACCCCAAAUGUGGUGAGUUAUCCAAUAACAUUAUUUUCCAAUGAUCUGAAGUCUCUCUGUAUUCAAGUUUAUACUUGUAUAAGUCAUUCAUUCACCCUCCAUAUUGGUGACCUCUGACCAACCUCUCACUUCAUGAUUGUCACGCAACUGGAAGUGUACUGGCUUUUCUUUCAGUGUUGACAUUUUUUUAUGACAGAUUGUUACUACUGUGCUUGGUCAUGAGAUCAGGUUGGGCAAGAUGUUUUGGUAUGAGGUUGUAUGCAAAGAAAUAUCAGAUUGUGAUUUAAUGUUAAUGAACAAUAAAAAUCGACCAUUCACAAAUAAUAUAACCUCCCACAUAAAACAAAGCAUAUCACAGAUGUAAAGGUCAUAAAGAAGUCAAGUUUAAACAGGUAGUGUCAAAUAAGUAAUGAAAAAUCCCAAAGUAUUAAUCAGUUUUUAAUGUACAUAUUAGUCUUUUUUUUAUUUGUAGUGAAACUAUUAAUCUUUAAAUUAGAUAAAAUGACCAAAGAGCGUAAGUGUCUACCACAUAAACCCUCUGUUAACAGAUAUAUUACCGCAGCUUUCUUCACCUAUUUCUUCUCUUGCAGAAUUAUCUUUAAAUAAACACUCACUCACCUUUAUUUAUUUAUUUUUUUAAAUAAUGAUAGGAUGAUGUUUAUACAAUAGUUAUUUCAUAUGUAUAAAACACUCUCAAAAAGUAUCCUGUUUUAUCUCUACUUCUACUACUCUACCACUAACCUACAUGAAAUAGUACCUUUAGACCGAAGGGAGAGUAUCAUCACUUUAUGAAGAGUGCAGAGAUUUAAUCCAUGGCUUUCCUGCCACAUUGUGUUAAACCAACAAAUGCUAACAAAUGCCUGAAUGCUUAUAAUUUUCCAUCAGUCCCCGAAUUACAGGCUGAGUGUUCAACUCAAAGACAACCUGAAAUAAGGACAGUUGCAGCUUGGGACUGAGCUACGGAUGUGAUUGCAGGACAAACCUUGCGUCUAAUCUCCACUUCUGUAAACAUAUUUCCUCACAAACUCACAAACAAACCAAGGAGAGAGUGAAAUUACACUUCCGGCUUGGUUCAUUUGAGGACAGAUCAAAAUGUAAGAACUGGGAUCAAGCAGCUGGAAAACAUCAGCAAUGUUUCUAAACAGUGUUUCAGAGCUGGGUGCCAUAUGUUUUCAAAGAGUUCAUGUAUACUCAGGCGGUGAGCAAGGAUGGAUAUAAAAAAGGGUUAUAGACAACUGAAAAAAAUCAAGAUUGAGGUGCUGGACCGCCAGAUUAAAAAGAACUUUUGAUGCGUAAAUGUCAAGUGGAUAUUGUGACAAAUGUUACAUUUAGUUUUCUUUUGAUUUGUUUUCAGACCUCCAGUUUCUUUAUAAGCUCGGUUACAAUAAGAAAGCUUUAGAGUGUAAAAAUGUUGGUAGAGAAAAUGCUACUAGAGUCAGCCAAGUAAUCAUGUUCAUGCUGGAUUUUGCACCUCAAGAAGCCUGUUCUGUUUAUAGUUCACUUCCUGUCUCAGACCAACGUGUUUGCUUUUUUACCAACGCUGAGCUCUCCGCAGCUGGCCAAGAAAAGUCCAGUAUAUUUCUUUUUAAAAAAUGUCCAAACACACUUGUUUCUCAAUGGUUAAAACCAACAACAAAGUAAUUUUUUUUUUUUUAUUUCUUAGAGAGCCAUACCAACUGUUUCUUUGGUUGAAGCUAAGGUGAGCCAGGCCAAGCGAACCUCUGAUUGUAGUGUUAGAAAUCCCAUUCUUCCUCUCAAAUCUAAAGACAUUUCAGUCACAGAACAUCAGAAUUCACAAAGGUUUGUAUUUUGCAGAGUCACGAUUACAAAACUGCAGUCACGCUCCUUUCAAAGACAGUCUCUCAAUCUGCAAACAUGGGCGUGGUAUGGGAAGUGGACCUAACUACCCAGUGCCUAAGUAGGGAAAAGGGCCCAUGAAAAUCCUGAUUUUUAUUUUGCUCACGUGCCUCGUGCACUGGCAUAGAUAAGGGACCACUGUCAUCUAGAGUGUACAGGGCCCAGAAUUUAGUGCCAACCCCUGUCUGCAAGUAGUGGAGAUUUACAAGUAUAUAGAUUAACAUAGAGAAAAAUUGUCUUUUGGCUAACUUUAGGUUAGUUGGUAUAGCUUAGUCUGCUAGAGGGGCAUUGUACAAACUUGAAAUUUGAUUAUAUCGAAAUGUAAUUACCAGAAAAAGACAAGCUUGAGAAAGCUUUGUCUAGGUUUUCCAAACUGGAGGAAGAAGUUAGACAAUGGUCAAACACAAUCAUAAAAUCUAGAAGUACCAUCAUAACUUUUUAUGACCAUAAAAUCCUGCUGCUGGCAAAAUCAUGAAAUGUUUUCAUUGAGAAGUCUACAUGCAGAAAUCUAUUUGAAAUGUUAUGCCUCCUUUGCAGCAUCAUGUGAGCUUUUGAACCUUUGUCCUAUCAAAGCCAAAAUAACCAUUUCAUUUUCACAACUUUGCAGUAAAGCUGGUGUAAAUGUAGUGCAUAGAGCUCAGUACUAAUGUCUAUGCAAAUGCAAAGAGGAUUUUAUUAUAUGUUUAAGCUGCACAAAUCACCGCACUAAAUCUCUCUCCCUUGUAAACACAAUGCAUUUGCAGUGUGGUUUUUACAGUAUGAAAAGCUGCUGUCACUACACUGCCUUUGAGGAAUGUGACAUGUUUUCCUUUAGGGAAAGUGUUUACUUUUACACAGCAGGUCAUUGGUGGAGAAAUGGCAUGAAGACAGACAAGUUAAUCUUGUUUAGAGGAAAGUAAGAUUACACGCACACUCAGCCCACAUCUCCAUUGAUAUGAAUCAGUCUGAACUUGGGCCCACAGAUAACUGAGAUUGUCAUCUGGAGGAGUUUAAUUUAACAUGUUCACGAUACCUCUCAGAAAUAGGAGCAUUUUUUAAACCCCCAUUUGGAGUUUAAGGCAGUUAAAAGUGUUUCAUAGCAGAAACUGUCUGUCGUCUCUGUGAUAAAUGGAGAGGAGAUUUGAGAUCAGCCGGGGCUUCACCUCAAGAUUCAUAGAUUUACAGUCUGCUGCAGUUUGUUGGCCUGUAAUAUUUUCUCCAGACACUUUAUUUUCUGUAACUUUCUGGAACUGGUUUUCCCAUCCAUUUUGGUAAAAGUCAGGUAACACUUAUAAAGAAACCCAAAUUGAUUUGCAAGAUGUAUAGAUAUGAUCAAUCCUUGACCUUAAUCCACCAAAAUGUUAGGUGUCCCUCAGUCAGUGAUUCUCCUACUUUUACAGGAGAGUGUCUAAAAAUAAACAGCAGAGCAAACAUAGAGCUCCUCUCUGGAGUUUUUUCAUAUAAAGCAAAAUUAAAUUAAGACUGAUGUCUCUUUCUGAGCUACAGCAGAGAACAACACCCUAAUUAAAGAUUUUUAUUGUGUAAAUGGUAUUGUUGUUAUUUUUUGUCUCAAACUUUCUACCCUUCAGGGAUAGGGUAGGUGUAUAAUCAAGUGAUUACCUCCUAGUUGCUUACACAGCCUUUUUAAAUCAGUUUCUUAGGUAAUGAUACGCUAGGCUUUAUAAAGAAGCAGCAAGGGCUGUUGAUGUUGUGCAUGGGGCUCUUACUCCCAAAUUCCACUGCAUGCGGAUUGGCGGCAAAAAGGCCGUUAACUUCAUUCAAGUUAAUGUGUCAAAUUCCACCAGCUCCUUUCCAACCCCCUGCAGUUCAUCGGAUUUUGUCGCUGAUCGCCAGGGUUCUAUAUUUUCCAGAUGCCGCAGCAUGCCGCUCAAAUUCAGCACAGAUUAGCCCGUGCUGGAAAGGAAGUCUGGCACAGACACAAAAUAAAAGAUCUGGCUUCUUUUCAAAAUAAAACACUGUUUGUGAAGUAUUUUACGCCAUGCAAACGUGGACUUUUUUUUAACAUGGCCUUCUACUUUCCAAAAGCAUCAAAAAGACAUACUCAUAAAAUGUUUAGUUUAUUAUCUUUCAUAAAUAAAGAUAAAUAUUGCAUUCACCCAUGGUUAAUUCCCAAUCUCCGCCAAAGUGUCUGAUCUACUGGUCUGGACAGAGUGGAUUUCCUCCUCUGGAAGGACACAAUCUACUGCUUAUAUGGAUAUUUGGCUGUCUUUAUUAUCGUACUUAUUAUCGCGCGACUGCAUGUGAAUUCGCAGGUUCUUGUGAGUCCUUACAAACGCAUCUGGUACGAUUUGGCGGAUGGCACCGUUCCGCAGCGGUGCCAUUCCACAUGCGGUGGAAUUUGGGGGUUAGGCUUUAACUGCUGACUUAAACUAAGGACCUACAUGUACUGUUGUCAAUGCCAAUGUCCUAAAUUUUUAAAUAGAUUGCAAUUGAACAAAACUUGACUGUGCAACAUGUUUUUAGCUAUUGUUUAUCUGUGCAGGUUUUAACUGGAUGGUUGGGGUGAUAAGGAAGAUCAUCACUGAGGCAACUGGGGUGAAAUCUGAAAACAAGAUGCCACCACUGAUCGAGUUUAUGGGGCCACAGGUCUUGAAGGUACUCACUGGAUUUGUGUCUGGCUGUAUAUCAGGUGUAGAUGUUACCAUUAUUACUUCAACCCCUUUUUUGUCUGUAGAGCUGAAACCAGAAACAAUAAAGGGCCUGUCCGUGGCUGCUCAGCUGCUCUCUUUCAGUCAGGUUGAAAGCAUAAAUCUAAAACAAACGUUAAAUCAAGAAGUACACACCCUAUAUACACAAUGUACAUUUAAAAAGGGACCGAACUAAUAAAAGCAGAUGGGGUUUAUAUUUAAAGGAGUUUUAACAGCUCUCAGAGAGGUCAGUUGUAAAACAUAUCUGUGUUUACUCAAGCUGUUUAACAAUGAACAAGGGCUGGGUUGAAUAUAUCAUUUCCAUGAGCAGUUUGCUUUGGUCAGACUAAAUAUGUAUUCAACUCUAAAGUGAUUAAAUCCUUUAAAAAUAGAAUGGCAAGAAGUAAAGACUCAAAAGGAAUCGUAGAAUUAAUUAAACCUUUUGUAAAAACAUGCUUUUCCAGUUUGAUGGAGAUAUUGUUCCUGAUUUCAGGCCAGUGAACUUGACAUAAAGAGAGUUUAAAAGUCAGAAUGGAUCCAGAGAUUACAUUCUCUGAUAUUCUCUCGGAAGACAGAGCAAGUUAUUCAGCACAACAUGGACAGUGGCACCAGGAAGACAGGGUGUGAUGGCGUUCAUAACACCAAGUCAUGAAAUCGCCAAUAAUCAGAGAUGCCAAGGGUCAGAGAGGAGGGGGUGGGUGUGAGUGGGAUACCUGCUAGGGACUCUUGGAGCUUCAUUGAGUCCACCUGCUCUGAGACUGGCAGAGCAUAAAAGUGAUGAGCUGAGUGACAAUUCCAGGUUGGAUGAAGACCUCUUAAGUAUCUUAUGACGGCGUCCUGUUGAACUCUUUGGCGGGACUGUCUCCUAUGGGAGUGCCACUGAUCAGUCCAGCCCUAGAUCCAGGGGGAAGUGGAAUUGAGGGUGCUGUUUUCAGUCUUCAGUCACUGAACUAAAUUCUUGUUUAUAAGUGAUUCCAAAACAUAAAGAUAGCAACAGUCCAUAAAACAAUGGGGAAGAUAUUGUGGCUAUGCUACAAUUUAUAUACUGUACAUUUUUUAAAGUAUUAAAGUAUUUAAAUCACAGGAAAAAGGCAUAAUUUGACACUGCAGACCCUAUUUGCCUUAGUGUGUGUAUAGAUAGAUAGAUAGAUAGAUAGAUAGAUAGAUAGAUAGAUAGAUAGAUAGAUAGAUAGAUAGAUAGAUAGAUAGAUAGAUAGAUCUGACUUUUAGAAAUAUAUACAGUAUAUAUUACUAAAAGUCUGUUUGAUUAAUUUAGUUUUUAACAGAGCUAUCUCCACUGUUCCUCUCCUCCCUCAGGCUUUGAAUGAGAUUCCUUCUCCAAGGUUUCUGGGGGCUCACCUGCACCCUGACAAUAUCCCUGCCUCCUUCUUUGAAAAGAAAGUAAAAGUAAGUUUCAAAUGGUUGUCAUUUAUUUUACUAACUGUGCAAAAAAAAGAUGACAAGCAAGAAACUCAAGAAGUCAACACAUCUGAAUGGGAAUGGGAAACCUGUGGGAGCUGACUAAAAAUGGGAAAGCCUUUAGUUAACCACUGAAUCAAUAUCCCCAAAAAAGAGUAAGGUGACUUUUACUAGCUGUCAAAGUAACUCUCCCCACAGAAUAGAUUCAGUCUGUCAGAUCUGGAAAACAGCUCAGACAUCUGUUCAAAUGUUCAGUGUAGAGCUGCUCGGGGGUGACCAAAAGCAGACCCAGAGCUUGUUGGAGGGAUAGUGUAUCUCGCUCUUACUACUGGAUUACUCAGACGGAGAAAGAAAUGUUGAUGGAACAUCUGGUCUGACUUUGCUUUAAAUGGUUUGGUUGGUUGGCCCAUGAAAGGAUAAAACACAGCAGCAACAAAGCUAAUGUAAUCAUUGCAUCAAGUGCAGUUCAACAAGUGUCUUUGUUUUCCAUUUAUGUGACUUUACUAUUAUUUACUCUUUUUGUGUGUGUUUUGCAAAAGAUCCUGCUUAUCUUCAGGAACCCAAAAGACACUGCAGUCUCCUUCUAUCAUUUCUGCAACAACAACCCAGUCCUGCCCUCUGUAAAGUCCUGGGACUCCUUCUUCUCUGACUUCAUGAGUGGAGAUGGUGAGAAAACAACCAACUUCCAGACAUCAGGGGCCAAAAACAUUUCAAGUAGCAUGUAAUAGACACUAGAUCACUAAAUAAGCACUGUAUACUCAAUAGUACUUGAACCACUUUUGUUGAUGUGGCAUAGGAGCUCAAAAAGUAUCCGUUUGUGCCAGAGAUGGGAAUUCUGCAGUCAGCUAGUCAUCGCCAUGCCAUGUAUUUGUUCUGCUCUGUUACUGAACAAGGUGCCUUCACUAACGAGCUCACCUUCCUGGCUGCUCAUUGAAAGCAGCUGGUUCAGUGAUGGAGCAGAACAAAUAAACGGCAUGGAGAUGACUUGCUGACUCCACAAUUCCCAUCUCUGGUUUGUGCUGCCUAGAGACAACAGCUUUCUGAUCAUCAUGUUAGGAGGUUUGAGCUUCUGUUGAAUUGUGUGUGGUCAGACUGACCCUUUUAUUGAAGUUACGGUCAUUACUUGUUAUCACCUUGGGUUGCAUUAAAUAUACCACUUUAACUUUAUGUUCCUUAAGUCAGCUGUGUUUAUAGUGUGAGCGGGUAAGACUUUUGGAUGUGUUUAACCAUUACUUAGUGAGUUUCUUAAACUGGGACACUCACAAAAUGAGAUUUAAAAUUACUUUCAUUCCCUCUUGUCACAGAAAGCUCUUCCUUUCAAGAAGUAGAAACAUUAUUAUUGUGAAAGUAUAAAUAGUCUGGUGUGUGUGUGUGUGUGUGUGUGUGUGUGUGUGUGUGUGUGUGUGUGUGUGUGUGUGUGUGUGUGUGUGUGUGUGUGUGUGUGUGUGUGUGUGUGUGUGUGUGUGUGUAGUUCCCUGGGGGUCCUACUUUGAGCAUGCUUUGGCCUGGGAGAAGAGGAUGGAUGACCCAAACAUCAUGCUUAUCACCUAUGAGGAGCUCAAACAGGUACAUCAAACUUGGAGUCCUUUAAAAAACUACAUAGGCUAUUCGUGGUAUUUUUUUUACCAAUGAAAUAUUCUAAUGGUAUUUGUGCAAUACUAAGGCAGACCCAUUGAGCUCAUUUUCACCUUCAGUGUGUUGACAAAUAUGACAGGCACUCUGUCUUGGCUGCCGUUGGAUUAGAACAGUUUUAAUGUGGCAAAGAUUUUGAGUUGCUUUCUCAUCCUCAGGACCUUUGCGAGGGUGUCCGUCAGAUCAGCACCUUCUUCGGCUUCAACCUGAACAAUAGUCAGGUCCAGCUGAUAGCAGAAGAAAGCACCUUUAAGGCCAUGAAGACAUCCACCACCAAUUCCCAUGGUCUUGGAGAUAUCCUCUUCAGGAAAGGUGCUCAAGUGACUUCACCUUAUUCUCUUACCAGAAUAAGUCAUUCUUUGAAAGGUCUUACCGUUUACAAUAAGUUUAUAAGACAAUAUGAAAAUUUACCUUCCUUUAUUUUUGUUCCUGGACAGGUGAGGUUGGGGACUGGAAGAACCACUUCACACCAGAACAGAGCAGAGAGAUGGACGAGGCCUUCAACAAACACCUGGCAGGAACCAGGCUGGGAGCUAAACUCAACUACCAAAUGCACUGUCAGUAGGAAAGGAGGGAGGAAGGGAUAAAAGGGACAGGGGAUGUGAAGAGAAAAGCUUGGGAACUACUCUGCCCUGAGCUUACUCAGACAGAUCUCCCCCCUCUGGCAAGAUACAUGGAUCCCUUUUGCUAGGUUUGGACCUGAACCCAGAGGCAUCAUCACUCUUCAACCAUUUUUGAAGGAUGUUGUUCAAAGUAGAUUUCUAACAGAAAAAAAACUACAGUCAGGCUCAGUUCAGGGACAAAAGAAGGAGGAUGCAAAAGGCAUGAAGUGUGUUUUGUGUCUUGUAUAUGCUGACUUUUAUAACUGUUCAAGGUCCACAACAGAAAUUAGUCCAGCAGUAGUAAAAAGCAAAUAAUCUCACAUAUUGUCAAAUAAAAAUAUCUUUUUAAAUUUGAAUUGUCUUGACACAAAUGUUAAUCAAUUAAACAAUACUUGAUUAUAUAAAAGUAGCGACAGCAGUACUUAACUGGUGUCAUUACUUUUUAGAGACACAUUUUCUCUAUUCAGUUAUUGGAAAUUUUCAGUCAUAUUCUUUAGCAGCAAACACUGCCCAAUUCAGUUUUUGGAGAAAAAAACAAACAAGGCGAAUAAUAGCGCUAGACACCUCAUAAUGGUUUCAAUAAGCAGCCGAAUUGCUUUCAGUUUAAGCUAAUACAGGGUUGUGUUUAUUUAUCAGACCAGUUGUUCGCCUUCUGAGUUUAAUUUUCUGUUAUAACAAAUGCACGGUUUUUCAACAGUCUCAGGUUUCAGUUUCAUCUUGAAUGAUACAUCCCAGGGUUGUUUUUUUCUCAAUUUAACUCCUGUUUACAACAUAGCAGCUGAAUUAUCCUCAAACUGGCAGCUAGUGAAUGGCUGUAUAAUGAUUGAACAGUGGCAUUAAGAUAAUUUUCUGAUGAGAAUGUUAAAAGGUUGAUCACAUUUCUCACAUACAAAAGAUACUGUAUAUGAACAUGAUGAAUAAUAAAAUCCUUAAAAAACACA